AUGUUUUCAAAUCUUUUCAACUUUUUCGGAAGCAAAAAUAAUCGACAACAAUCCGAUCAAGAUUUGCAACACCACCUAAUGACUGAAACAGAUUCAUCAUCAUCGGGAACGACUAACAACAACAACAACAACACUUCUACUUCUACUAACAACAACAACAACAACAACACUACAGACUCUUCUACAGGAAAUAUGAUCUCCUCCUUCCUUCAAAAUAUUGUUCGAAAGACGACGAAUAUGGCAAAUUAUAACAACCUCUCAAAUUCCCGACAUUUCAACAACUCUUCGUUUUAUUCCUCUCCUGAACAUCCUCUUGGAAUUGCUCCUUCCAUGCGAAUUCCAGAUUUUCAAACUUCAUCGUUGAGUAAAACAGAACGUCGAAAGGAAGCUUUAUUGUUACAAGCGGCCAUGAACGAUCAUUUGAAUUAUUCCAAUGCUGUGAUUUUCUCUUUUGGUGAGAGUAAUGAAAUGCGAGGAUUGAAACGAAAUACUGUUUCCGAUGCUUCAAAUCCUCAAUAUAUAAGAACACCUUUCCGAAUUUGUUCCGUUGUGAUGGGAUACACUUGUAGUAUUGCAUUGACGGAUGAUGGAUUUGCUUUAUCGUGUGGAAGUAAUGGAAAUGGUCAAUGUGGUGUGCCGAGUGAUCGAGCGAAUGGUAUUGAUUUUUGUCAAUUUCAUUUAAUUGAAGGAUUGGUUGAGGAAGAAAUUGUUCAAGCGAGUUGUGGAUAUUACUUUUCAUUGUUCUUGACAAGAGAUGGUCGAGUGAUUGGAUCUGGUGAUAAUUCUCACGGACAAUUAGGGUGUGACACUUACAUGUCAAAAUACGUGUUGGUAGAAUUGAAAAAUCUUCCUCCCAUUCGUUCCAUUCACGCUGGAUAUUAUCAUUCACUGUUUGUGGGGUUUGAUGGAAAAGUUUAUGCGUGUGGUCAAGGAUUUCCUCGAAUUCCGACACUUAUUCCAGGUUUGGAAAAUCAAUUCAUUGUUUCUGCCUCUGGUGGUUAUGAUUACAGUUUUUUCAUUACCAAAAAUGGAGAAGUCUAUGGACACGGUGAAAUUGGACACAUGAUUCAUGGAGGUUCCAAUGGAAAAUCUAGCGUUAUAAAAGUGACAGGAUUUAAUCACUUUGUGACAUCUUGCAGCUCUGGAUAUUACCAUACUCUCUUCACAACCCGAGAAGGAGCCGUUUAUUCAUGUGGAAGAAAUCAAUACAAUUGUCUCAAUAGAUCCAUUGAAAAGAAACUAUUCAACAAUGGUGGAGAAGAUUGUAAAUUAUUGGAACACAAGUACAUGAAAAAUAUUGUUCAAGUGAGUUGUGGAGGAUAUCAUUCUGGAUGUCUCGAUGCUGAAGGAAGAGCAUAUACAUUUGGUCACAGUGGAUUCUAUCAAGCUUGUAUUGAUUCAGAACAACCUGGAAUUUUACACACUGCAAUUUCUGCCAAAGAAAUGUCAACCAUGCCUGAAUCUCUCAUGAUUCAUGUACCCACAAAAGGAAAUCAAUUGAAAGCUUGUGCGAUUGCAUGUGGAGGGUGGAAUACGAUGGUCGUUUGUUCGCCGUAUAUUUUUAUUUCCUCUUCCAAGAAUGUAAAAGAAAUGAUUGCCAAGCUGAAACAAUUUGCAUUGGAAGGAGAUUUUGACACUUCUCAGCAUUCACUCUUUGAUAUUCGUAUUGUGACACGAGAUGUCUCGAGAAUGAAAUCAUCCACAACCAUGUUGUCUGAAGAGUGA